AUGUGUGGAAGAUAUGCCUUGGGACAUCCUAUCGAGGAUAUGCCUAAACGACUCAACGAAGCGGUACUAAACCCAGACGAACCAGACUCGUCGCUCACAGAGUCUGACCCAAGCAACUUCGACACUACCACCUCCAUCAACGGUAAGGAGAACACAGUGCACGUGUUUGUCAACACAUUGCACUACUAUCCCUCGUAUAACAUUCCUCCCACAAGCGGUGGUGUGAUCAUUUAUUUGAAAAAGGACUCGCUAGCAGACUUUGAGUAUGUGAUCGAACCUCUGAAGUUCGGAAUGCUUCCAGUGUGGAUGAAGCCACACGAUCCUCAGGCUGUGAAGCGAGGAACGGGUUACGGCCCACAGUAUUCGAGAGAAGUGCAACAGAACCAGGCUAAGUACUUCAACUGUAGAAAAGAGACCAUCUCGCAACCUAAAACGAUGUGGAACUCAGCAAAGAACACUCGAUGUGUAGUGCCAGCACAAGGAUACUUUGAAUGGAAAACAGACAAGAAGGAUAAAACACCGUACUUUGUACAUCUGAAGUCCAGUCCCCUUAUGUUCUUUGCAGGUCUAUACUCACACAAUUACCAUUAUAAUGACACUGAGAUGGUGCCUGAAGACCUCGAGUAUUUCUCGUCGUUUGCGAUCUUGACUGGCCCAGGAAAAGGAAAGGGUUCCAACGAUCUUCUGUGGCUUCACUCCAGAAAACCCAUUGUGUUGCAGCCAAACAGUCCGGAGUGGUUUGACUGGUUGGAUCCCAACAGAGAAUUCGACAAUAGACUCUUGGAAAGUGCGUUGAACACCGACACUAAUCCGGGUUAUGAUGACGUCGGCAGCUAUGUAGUGGCCAAAUCGAUUGGAAACACCCAAAAUAAGGGGCCGGAGGUACUUAAGGAGGAAAAGGUAAAGCAGAAGUCGAUUGGCCUGUUCUUUCUGCUGCCUAAGAAAGUGAAGGAAGAGGUGAAGCCUGAGAAGCAUGAGGAUAGAGACAUUAAAAAAGAGGUUGUGGAGGGCAGACAAAUAAAGAAAGAGGAAGAGACGAACGAUGAAGGUGAAUUGAAAAAUCUGAAAGACCAAAAAAUCAAGCAGGAUCAUGAGUGGCCUCGCAAGAGAAAGGCAGAGCCUGAGUCCAAAGUCAACGGGCCUGAGUCUAUUGCGAAAAGAGUGAGACAGGAACAUCAAGGCUCGGAGUACACUAUGGGAUACCGAAGAAACGAAAGUGAGGACGAUAAUGAUUCUGAGGACGAUUAG